AUGGGCGGAUUGAAAUUAUUGAUCCGGGCGAUGAGUGACAUGAACUACGAAGUGCACUAUGGGAUCCUACAAGCUGGUCACUACGGCACUCCUCCAACCCGCGUGCGAUUUUGUAUGGUCAUGGCAAAGUACGGUCGACCCCUUCCUCAGCUCCCUCAACCUACACAUGCCUCCCUGGUGGACACUGGCUAUGGCUUUGCCCGUACUUUCGAAGACGCGCUGCUUGUGAAUGGAGAUCCAGACAUGUUGUCGCCACCUUCAUCCAAGCUCCCACUACCUACCAAGGGCGAACCUUGGUGCGACGCUCUCCUUGCGAUGUCUGAAGAUACCUUCCGGGCCCUGAAUGAUAUGGGCGGCGAUACCAAUGUGGAAGUCGACGCGUGGGUGGUGAAGGGCGAGGCAAUGCUGAUUUGUGAAGAGUGGGAAGACGCAGUGCGGCUGGGUCCCAUUGGCCCCGUAGGGGCGCAAUGA